AUGUCUCCACUUAGGCCAUGCAAAGUCAUUAUUUCAGGAGGGGGCGUUGCGGGUUUGACUCUCGCUGUCGCACUAGAUAAGAUUGGUGUUGAUUACCAGCUUUUAGAGGCCUACCCUGACAUUGCUCCUAAAGUGGGUGGAGGCAUCUGUUUCCUUCCUAAUGCCCUGACUAUCUUCGACCAAUUGGGCUUCUAUGAAGACCUGACUACUAUUUGUCCCCCUUUGAGCAAUUUUGGUUUUAGAGAUCCCAAUGGAGACUUGUUAUCGUCUUCGGAUAAUAACUGGGAUCCCGUGUCUCUGUGCAAAGAAAGAUAUGGUUAUGCAUUCCAAUGGAUGGAACGAUCUGCACUCCUACGGGUUAUGUACAAUCACCUAAGUGACAAGUCGAAGGUCCUGACCGGUAAGAGGAUCAAGAGUGUCGAGAAUAGUGAAGAUGGAGCUGUGGUAACCACCACGGAUGGCUCCGUCUUUUUUGGUGAUAUGGUCAUCGGCACAGAUGGCGUUCAUUCUAGCGUUAGAAAGGCGAUCGUUCGUCAAGCUAAAGAGCGUGGUCUUGGGUCGGAGUAUAUGGAAGAAGACAACGUGACUUCUGAUUUUGCCUGCAUAUACGGAGUGUCUCCAAAACUCGGGGGUAUGCCCGAAAAUUGCCUUGAAUUCAGAUUCAAUCGUGGAUCUUCCACCCUCAUCGGAAAUGGACCACCUGAUCGAACAUUUUGGUUCUUUUAUAAACAACUAGAUCGGACCUAUCGCGGUACUGAGAUCCCUCGUUUCAGCGAAGCGGACUUGGAGAAGGUUGUGCGAGAGCACUGGGACGAGUACAUCACAACUGAUAUACAACUUUCGACACUCUAUGAAACAAGAACUGAGGCUUUGUAUACAUCCAUGCAGGAGUUUGUUUUUAGCAAGUGGGACUUGGACAGAAUGUUGAUCCUGGGCGAUGCAGCGCAUCAGAUGACAUCCAUUCUCGCUCAAGGAGGUGCCCAGGCUGUCGAAAGCAUCGCGUGUUUUGCCAACUCAUUGAAGAAAGUAUUAUCUGACGUAUCCAAGACUGGAAGACUGUCGGCUAGGGAAAUCCAUGACAUGUUUCAACAGAUACAAGAUAUGCGACUUCCACGAGUGAGAGCCAUGCUUGAGAGCUCCAAUAAACGGCAGUGCAUGGAUGCAAUGGUAACCUCGGAAUUGGAAGACUUGAUGUUAAACAAGUUUCCUAAACUAGUGCCUGGAAUUAUUGUGGAGAGAUGGGAUGAGACAUUUGAGCAAUCUGUGUUCUUGGACAUGUUUCCAGUACCUGAGACUCUGAAGGCAUCGUGGCUUUAUUGUCAAUCUCAUGAGAGAAAGACAGAAUUGAUGAGAAGCUCAUUGUAA